AUGAAGUCCUUCGCUCUUCUCAUUUGUGGUUGGCUCGGCACAGUAUCUCUAGUAUCGGCACAGUACAACUUGGUCAAAGAGUACGCUGGGCAGGGCUUUCUCGAUGACUGGACGUUCUAUGGAGGCAUCGACAAUCUGACCUGGGGGAACGCAACCUUCGUCGAUGCCACCACUGCGGCCACUAAAAAGCUGGCUUAUGUCGACGCCACAACGAAUCACACGAUCCUACGCGUAGACAACUCAACGAAAGUGGCACCGGGCACCCCCCGAAACUCCAUACGUAUCAACUCAAAUGACCUCUAUGGUGUUGGUAGCGUCUGGGUUGCUGACUUCCUUCAUGUUCCAUUUGGUUGCUCGGUGUGGGGUGCCUUCUGGUCUACGGCUACAUCGGCAGAGCUGGCACCUGCGGUAUGGCCUGCUGGCGGAGAGAUAGACACGUUCGAGGCGUUCAACUUAGAGAAGAGCAGUCAAUUCACCUUGCACACGGAACCCGGAUGCAGCAUCGCGAACUCUCCUCUGGCCAACUCGACCAACUGUGACAGUUCCACAGGCGGACCCGGCUGCACGGUAACAAACGCUGACCCACGCUCGUACGGGUCUGCAUUCUCGCAGGCGGGUGGCGGUGUGUUUGUGACGGAGCUCGCCUCAAACGGAAUCAACAUCUGGUUCUUCUCGCGGCCGGAUGUACCUGGCGCCAUAUCUAACAGCAACGGGUCUGUAGAUACAUCAGCGCUGGGGACGCCGACAAUUGUCUACCCGGCAUCUAGCUGUGCCGUCGACUCGCUGUUCAAGCCGCAGAGCCUGGUCUUCGACAUCACUCUGUGCGGACCAUCCCUCGCGGGCAAUCCGGCCAUCUUCAACAGGACAUGCCCUGGGACAUGCUACUCAGACUACGUCCUAGACUCGAGCAAGUACGCGGAUGCGUACUUCGAAGUCGCUUCCGUUCGCGUUUUCGCGCAGCCGAACGCUACUGUAGUGACGGCGUCUUCUGGGCUGAGCUCAAGUGCUGCAGGACCCUUACCGACUGGCGUUCAAUCGACGAGCGGGGCUGUUCAAGGACGGAUGUUCGAUCCAUCGGCGAUGCUCACAAUCGCAAGCGCGUUCAUUAUGAUCAUUAUGAUAUAG